GGGAGGCGGUGUCCAGGGACCCUCUGCCUUGAUAUAAAACACUGGGCAGCACUGACCAGCUCCAUUCCAAGGUCCAGAUGCGAGAUGGUGACCAGGGAUCGAGCAGAGAACAGGGAUAGUCCCAAGAUGCUGAAACCACUGGUGGAGAAGCGGCGCCGAGAUCGUAUCAAUCGGAGCCUAGAAGAGCUUAGGCUGUUGCUGCUGGAGAGGACUCGGGACCAGAAUCUGCGGAACCCGAAAGUGGAGAAGGCCGAGAUCCUGGAAUUCGCCGUAGGCUACUUGAGGGAGCGGAGCCGGGUCGAGCCCCCGGCGUCCGCGGCUCCAGGCGCCCCCCGACCCCCAACCCAGGACUCCGAGGCGCUGACCAGCUGCUACCUGUCCGGCUUCCGCGAGUGCCUCCUCCGCCUGGCAGCCUACGUCCAUGAAGCCAGCCCGGCAGCCCGAGCGCAGCUCCUCUCUACCCUCCACAGCUACCUCCGGCCCAAGCUAAACCAGCCUGAGCCCGGCGCUGGGGAGCCCCGCUGCCCGCCUCCUCGCCCCACGCUGGACCCCGCCGCCCCGCCGCCAGGCUCGAUGUCUGCCCCUUCCCAUCACCACCCUCUCCUGCCCUCCACCAGUCCCCGAUCCGUCUGGUCCCCGACGCUCAGCACUACCUGGCCGAGGCACCUGGGCGCACGGGCGCCGCACACAGGACUGCGCCCGCCUCAGAGACAAGAGAGGGUGCCGCCGCGGGGGAAGUCUCCGCCGGCCCCGCCGCCAGCCUUCUGGAGACCUUGGCCCUGA